UUAAGCAGAAGGAAGCUACCUUUGCGCCGGCUGUCAGUCCAGUGCCGGUUACAGCUGUAUGGUGUUUGCCAAGCAAGUAUCUUAGCUAUGAUUUUGUGUUUUUAUAGCGUAAAUUACACGAGAAACGUAAAGACUCGGUGGUAGGUGAAUACUGUGAUGUGGAGAGAGUGAAGACCCGUGUGUGACUGUUAAAGUAUACGCGUUUAGCUAGCACAUCACAGUCAGUCGUUUUGUGGUUAAAAGGACUUGAAAUAGGUUUUUAUUUUCACUUCACGGGGUAACGGCAGCUAAAAAUAAUGCUAAAGCUGUUUUUAAGACAUGCCCGUCGCUUUCCGUGGGUUACCAACGUGACACUGUACGGCUGCCUGUUCGCCGGGGGGGACUUCGUCCACCAGUGGUUCUCCGGGAGGGAGACCAUCGAGUGGAGACAAACACGGAACGUCGCGGUGGUCGCGUUUAGUUUCCAUGGCAACUUCAAUUUCUUCUGGAUGCGUUUCCUGGAGAGGAGAUUUCCCGGGAACUCUAUCGGGAUGGUGAUGAGGAAGCUGUUCCUGGACCAGACGACGGCGGCGCCCCUCGCCACCAGUGUCUUCUACACAGGUGUCAGUUUCUUGGAGGGCAAAGAAGACAUCUUGGAAGACUGGAGAGAAAAAUUCCUGAAUACUUAUAAGACAGGGCUAAUGUUCUGGCCAUUCAUGCAGUUUCUGAACUUUGCCUUGGUGCCUCUGUAUGUGCGGACCACCUUCACUGGCUGCUGUGCCUUCAUCUGGGCCACUUUCUUGUGCUUCUCACGUCAGACCGGUGACGGCACAGCUGGUGCUGCGCUGGCGUGGAUGUUCCCUCAUAAAGACGAUGAUGCCGAAUACACUAAAGAGAAAGACAAGGUGGAUGCCCCCAGCAAAGGGGCAUGACUAUGUAAACCCACACAGUAGCAGAGUCAGUCGUUUUUAUGGAAGGUGACAAAACGUCAGCUGGACUAGUGGACUGCGGUCUAACCCAGCUGAUGUUACACUAACACUGCCAAGGUCACAGGUCAAAGACUCGGUGAGAUAAGAGAGAAAGUGCUGAAAAAAACUCCAGCAUCUUGAAUGUAUAUGCGGAAUAUUUUUAUUAUUUAUGCAGUAUAUUAGCUCUGUGGGAAAACAUUAAGAUCUAUCCUUCCAUACCACAGUGACUAUGACCAUUGGCUCUUUUGUUCAUUUUUAUUAAUGCCAUCUUGUGUUUGUUCCACAAGUAAGGUCCUUUUUUUAAAAAAAAAUUAACUUGAUUUGCUUGAUUUGCAUCAAAGUGAAAAACGGAAUAGUGUACAAACGAUUUCCACCAUGUGGACACUGGGAGCUAAUUUAUUAGCUUAGAAUUUUAAUUAAUGAUGAUUUGAGUCACAUUUUAAACAUUUAAAUCUCAGCUUAACCUUUCAUCUUUGGCUGAAAGAGUGCCUGAUCGCUAAGAAAUAUCCCAAAUGUUUCCAGUUUACAUUUUAGUAUAUGAUGUAUCGAAUACAGACAUACCCAGGUACCAGUUAGGAUUGUCACAAUGUACGAUUUUUACCUCAAAUGAUUUUCAUGGUCAAAAUAAUUCACUGAUAUUAUUACAAAAUCCAUAAAAAACAUCAACAAAAAUAAAACUAAAGCAACAAGAAAGUCUGUAGGAAUAGCUGUACAAACAUGAAACUAAUAACAACUACAAAAUUAUCAUAAUUUCAGUUUUAAAUAUCACUGUUAUUAUGAAUAACAUCUAUCAUGACACCUCUAGUACCAACAAUAUGUGAUAUUGUUUUAUAUGUUUGUAUUAUCAAUUUAUAGGUGGGUCAUUUUUACAUAAGAACGCUAAUGAACUGAGUGCACAGUAUGAAUCCAUUCAAGCACAAGAAAAAUGUAAGCAGAUCUGAAAACACAGUUUUGAUUUGCACAUUUUCAGUCAUCGUCAUUUCACUAUUUAAUAUGCAGUACUGAGAAAGUUAAAGGUUAUGCCGUGUUGGUCUAAUAAAAUCUGGGAAAGCUUGUCUCAAACAUCCAUUUACUUGAAAGGAAGAAAUGUUGCCUGCCUGUUUUUGUAACCUUUGUUAAUAUUAUACCAUCGCAUGGGCUCAACCAUCUCUAUAAAUAUUACUUUAUAGAUACUUUAUAGAACUUGCCUGCAUAAAAAAAUGUUAAAUCACACGCCUCUGGCUUUUAUAAAUCGAGUGCAGCUAGAGUACAGCAGUUUGUUAUGUUAUAUAUAGACUUUAAUGGCAUACUUCUCUUUUCUGUUUCACACAGAUAAUUAACUUUUUCUUUCUGUUUCCAUGUACUACUGGAAUUUAUGGAGAGCUUUUUUGGUACGUUUGAGCCUAAAAUAUAGUUUGCGAUUACAUACUCAUUCUGAGUGUGUGUGGCUAUAACAUUUCAUCUGUCUCACAAGACGAAAUUAGUGCUGUUAAUAACAUAUUAAUAUAUGAAGCACUGCUGGAUCUGAGGUAAAGAAAAACAUUUUAAUCACUACUGUAUCUUUUAUCAGAAAUUGGAGUGUAUGUUUCUUAAUAAUAACUUCCGAUUUCAUGACUGUAUGUGUGCUGAUACCCUGGAGCUGAAAUGUCCAAGAAAUGAAUAUUCCUUUUGUUUCUAUGCUAUUUUUUCAAAGUCAAAACCUUCUGUUUUUACUGGUUUUGUUGUCACAGAGCACAAAUGGCUGCUGUUGACUGUGAAAACUCAUCUAAUUACUUCUGCACCAACCGCUGGAAAUAUAGUAAUAAUAUUUAUUGUUGAAUAAAUCGAGAAAAUGUCA